AUGUCCAGCUCUCGGGCCUGGACGGUGCCAUCUCGAUUUCUUGUACUGGCAGUCAAACCCAUUCUUCGAACACAGGCCACACUGAGGCCGACCCACCAGCGAGUCCACGCUAUAGGUGCUGACACGUACCCCGUGUUAGUCCUUGAAAUGGAUGGAAUUGGGCCGAUCAACCACGUGGGGGACAGCUUCGGUUAUCUGGUCGGUCUAGAAGGGGGCGGGCGGGACGAAAACGAGGGCCGUGUCAUGUCCGGAUGGCCGAUCCCUGGCCGAUCCCACUCCCAACACCGCAGCCAAUAUUACGACAGUCAGACGUCGGGAGCCACUGCGGGGAAGCCACUGCGGGGAAGCCUAUAUCUACUCCCUCUCAAAGCCCCCGUUUGGAUCUCUAUUCUAGACGCGAUUUGGCAGACAGAUGUUCCAAUCAUGACAGUCGACGCCAAGCUCCGGGUCGCCAACGACUACAAUUCAGCCGUAGACGAAUUCGCUUUCAAGUCUCUAGAUCUUCACGACAAAAAGCCGUCCGGCUCUCGAGUCCUGAUCGGACUAUCUGGAAUCCCUGGCUCGGGGAAGACGACGUUUUCCGACGCCAUCGUGUCGAGGGUCAACGAUCUGUACAGGAAGCGUCAUGGGUCUCCGGAAAGCACACCCGCCGUGGUAGUCCCCAUGGAUGGCUUCCAUCUCUAUCGCACAGAACUGGCGGCCAUGGCAGAUCCCGAAACAGCCGUUCACCGGCGGGGAGCAGCCUUUACCUUUGCGGCGGAGGAAUUCCACCGCCUUGUAAAAGACCUGGCCGAACCCACCGGAGAGGAUGCGAAGUCCGUCGGUGUUAUCAGCACCUUGAAUCACUUCCAGGUGAAAGAGUCGUGUUUGUCGGAAAUUGGGGAAGCUGCCGCCACGUAUUGGGUACAGUGCACUCUUUGCGAGUGCGAUACAGAGGAGAGAAGGAUAUUUCGGAAGACGUCCACUUGA